AGUCUUAGACAAAGCUAGAGUAAGAUGCGCAGGCAGGGUAAUAUGUUGGAUACCGUGCCCACUACCCACAUUAACGGGCCUCGUAAAAUCAAUUCCGACGUCUCCUAAAGAGUUGUUCCUUCGUCUCAUAUCACAAGCUCGAAACCGUUACAGUAAAAACUGAGCGUUAGGAACUCGGAAACAGAGAUUUGCUCUACUGUUAUAUUCGCAACUUGUAAAUGUUAAAACUUUCGUCAGUUUCUGCUAGAAGUAACCCGAAUGAACUACGAAGUUCUUUAAUAUCAGCAUUUGAUCAAUGCAAAUCAAUGAUACAAUUAAAGCAAAUUCAUGCUUUAAUAAUCUCUUUUGGUCUCACAGAUGAUGAGUUAUUCUCUUCUAAAAUUCUUUCUGCUACAGCAAUAUCUGAAUUCGGCGAUAUCGAGUACUCAUACAAAGUCUUUCGCCAACUCAUAAAUCCUAGUAUAUUUAGUUGGAAUACAAUUAUAAGAGGUUACUCAAAGAGUAAGAACCCGAAUCGUUGUAUCUCUAUAUACAAUGAAAUGUCAAGAAUUGGGAUAUCUGCAGAUCAUUUCACUUUCCCUUUUCUAGCUAAAGCUUGUUCUAGAUUAUCGUCGAUUCGAGUUGGGUUAUCGGUUCAUAGUUUAGUUGGUAAAACUGGGUUCGAAUUAGAUAAGUUCAUUCAGAAUUCUUUGAUUCAUAUGUAUUCUUCUCGAGGCGAUAUAGUUUCAGCUCGUAAGCUGUUUGACGAAAUGCCUUACAAAAAUUCUGUUUCUUGGAAUUCAAUGGUUGAUGGUUAUGCUAAGUGCCGUGACUUGGUUUCUGCUCGUCAGAUAUUUGAAGCAAUGCCGGAGAAAGAUGUUAUUACCUGGAGCUCGUUGAUAGAUGGGUAUGUGAAGAGUGGUAAUCAUAACGAAGCCUUAGAAAUUUUCGAGAGGAUGAGAUCUGAAGGACUGAGGGCAAAUGAGGUUACCAUGGUGAGUGUCUUGUGUGCUUGUGCACAUCUCGGCGCGCUAGAGAAAGGGAAAAUGAUGCAUAAUUACGUGAAAGAAAACAAGUUGCCUUUAACUCUUGUGUUACAAACUUCUAUUAUAGAUAUGUAUGCAAAAUGUGGGGCGAUAGAGGACGCUUUUGCUGUGUUUCAUGAGGUUCCUGCUUGUCGAACCGAUGUUCUGUUAUGGAAUUCAAUGAUUGGGGGGCUUGCAAAUCAUGGUUAUGUUGAAGAAUCUCUAGAAUUGUUUAAAAGAAUGCAAACACUAAAGCAUGUAAUCCCGGAUGAAAUUACUUACUUGAAUUUAUUGAGUGCUUGUGCCCAUGGAGGAUUAGUUGAAGAAGCUUCGCAAUUUUUCAAAUCCAUAACCGCACAUGGGAUGAUGCCAAUGCUCGAGCAUUAUGCAUGUAUGGUGGAUGUUUUAAGUCGUGCAGGUCAUAUAGAUGAAGCAUUCAAAUUUUUAAACGAACUGCCAGUCGAACCAAGUGCGUCAAUGUUGGGUGCAUUACUCAAUGGCUGUAGUAAUUAUGGAAGAUUAGAUAUUGGAGAAAUCGUGGGGAGAAUGCUUGUACAAUUAGAACCCAAUCACGAUGGAAGGUAUGUUGGAUUGUCAAAUGUUUACGCAGUUGGUGGAAGAUGGAAAGAAGCUAGGGAAAUGAGAGCAACAAUGGAGAAAAGAGGAGUUAAGAAAUCACCUGGGUGCAGCUCUGUCGAAGUUGGUGGAGUUCUUCAUAAGUUUAUUGCCCAUGAUAAAACUCAUCCUCAAAUGACAAGCGUAUGUGAAAUGUUGAACGAAAUUGUAGAGGAAAUGAGAUUUCAGCCUGAUUUACAGACUCGAGAACAGUGUUUGUAUAAUAUAUGAAAUGAUGAUUGAGUAAAGUUUCACAUUUGUCUACUUAAAAUCACAGCAUUAUUUCAUACUUUAAAAUAUAGAGCUGUUUUGUCUU